GGCGCACAGGGCAGGGAUAGAGUUUCUCCCGAAUAAACUCAUGGUGAUCUCCGCGUGCGCUCCGCGGUCGCUGCCCGGCGUCGUGUCACCGUCCUCGGGGCAACAUGGGCUCGUAAGAUGCCUUCUCUGUGGAAACGGAUAACGUUCUCUGUGGCCUCGGUUCUCUGUGUCGGCUCGGUGGUCCUCUUGAUCGUGGCCCUGUCCACGGAGCGCUGGGUCACCGGACGGAUCCUGUGUAAAACAGGGGCGGAGAUAGUGAACGCGUCCAGUCCGGAACUGGACCAGUUCAUCGGGGACAUUUAUUACGGCUUGUUCCAGGGAGGAAAGAGCAAGAAGUGCGGGCUCGGGAAGAGGCGCUCCAAAAUAUACAUUUUCCCAAAGCUCAUACGAACAUUGAACGGUGGCCUUCACAUGAUGGUGAUCCUCUUCUUGCUCGUGGCCAUUGGCUUUGCUCUGGUCAGCCUGUCUUUCUGUAUUUACAACGCACGCAAGGUUCCCUACCAGAGCAUCAAGGGGCACAAGGGACUCUACCUGUGGAACUUCAUUGCUGCUCUUUUCGGUGCCCUGGGUGUUUUGUGUUUCCUGGCAGCCUUGAGGCACCACAGACUGACCGAGCGGGUGGCAAAUUAUCAGGAGAACCUCUUCGUCCUCGUCGUCCUGGAUGACAGCCUGGACUGGUCCUUCUGGCUGGGUGUAGGCAGCAUUGCGACUCACUUUGCCGUCUGUGGGGUGGUUGCCAUGAGCCGGAUCAAGCUUCCCAAACCGGAGAUCAAGAAACCUGAAGAACCCACGAUCUCUGCUCUGGACCUGCUCUACUGAAGGACCAAACAAGACACGUCAUGUUAACACUUGCAUACAUCACAAGUGUUGACUUGCUUCCUCAGAAAGCUACCUGGGCUCUAAGGCAGCUAUGUGAAAUGAUGGAGUGGAUUAUACUCCUGGAAUAAAUGAACGGUCUAGUCCAAAAUUAUCUAACAUUACAUCCUCAUUUCAGAUGACUAAAAACUCUUUUAAAAAAAGAACUUAAAUGGAAAAAAGGGAGAAACCACAGGAAGAGCAAUAGAGAAGUAUGGAUAAACAGAAUAAUAAUAUUAGGUAAAUAAUGUACAAAACUAAAAUGUUAGGUGGUGAACUGUAUAUUGUCCUCUGAAAUGAUGCCAAGCAGCUAUAAUGUACUUCACCAGAGGGGUCACAGGACACAAGCAAACACAGAAGACACUGAUCAGAGACUGUGGACAAGGCUUCCCCACCACACUGCAGACAAUGUGAAAUCACAACCAAACUCAAUACAGAUUUGACACUAUUUAUGACAGAUGGCUACAAAUAUCCAGUCACCUCUCACUUGCAGUCUCAAAUACUACUGACAGUUGUGACCACAGACGAGGCCGACAGCAACUGUUGGUCUUCAGGUCUGUUUGUUUUUUCAAAGAGGAUAAUAUUGAACUGAACUCGUGCAUCCAGAACUUAACCUUUGAGCUCUGAACACCCUGUGCUGUAUAUUCUGUCUAUAGCUGCGUGUGUAAAUACAUUAUUUUUUCAUUGUAAAAAUGGAAUGUCAGGAACAGAAAUGUUAUGGUUCACAGAAUAAAGUCUGAAGGAUCUGAAGUUAAUCUUUAACAGUAAAUAUCUUCACUGUAAUUUCUUGUAGUAAGUUAGCAGCAACAAUGCAAGCAUGAACAUUUAUUUCAUAGUGAGUGAAGGGCUUUUAUAUAAUCCUCUUCAAAUGAAACUUUAAGUAAAGAUGUUUGAUUUUCAUUCACUUUGACCUUAGAAAAUCAGUCUGAAGCAAGUGGCUGCUGUGCAGUUCAAAGUAAGAAUGAUUUUGUGUAUGCUUUAAAAAGUCAGUGCAAAUAAUUGGUUUGAUCACAGUAAAGGGACAUUUAUGAAAAAUAAUAGCUUGGUUAGACUCUGGUGUUUUGAGUUGGCUGCAUGUCUUCUCUUCUUUAAGAAACUGGAGCUGGAAACUAAAAAACCUCUG